AUGGCAAAUAUCAAUAUUCUAUCUUAUAUUUUAUCUCUUAUUGGGUUUGGAACUACGACUGUUAACAAUACCAUCGAUAUAGUAACAAAUACCAAUAACAACGAAACAAGCUGUAACUUUUUAUCAGCAUCUACUCUUAUUGUAAAGCACGAAGAUAUCAUUGAUGAAGAAAAGAAGUCGUUGGUCAAGAGAAAUUUACUCAAUGAAAAUGUCGUUCAAAAUUGGUUAAACCAGCUUUCAAACGCAACCCUUUGUCAAAUAUUGUCCUCGGCUAUCUCUGAUUAUCCUCAAAUUGCGGAUAUCAUCCAUAGCUACUAUUUUGGGAAGAAGGAGGUACUGGACCAUGAUGGUUGGGCCACUCAGUUGAAGUCGUUGACUAAAAGAGCAGCCGUGAUUGCACAUUCCCUGGAUCACUAUAGGGUCAGUGAUCAGUUCAGUAGAGCAUCCGAAGUGGCUACCUCGCUUCAUCUCUUACUUCGUCAGUUCGCCCAGGAUCUUUCGGUGCACGGACCGUCUCAUGCGAUCUUGUUUGGCUUGAUCUUAGUCGCUCAAGAGGCAUUAGGUGCUCCUAGUGAAGUUCGUCAGCAAAUUUUCACUCAUGAUAAAUUUGGCAGAAUCCUUAUCCUUGAAAUGGCUAGUGUCCUCAAGAACUUCAAAUUACCCUUAUUGCCUAAUGAGGAUUGGCAUCGAAUCACAUAUCAAAAGGAUAACUGGCUCGUUACUUUAGAACAGGUGUGUUCUAAAAUGGCUAGAUAUGAUAUAACUUGGGAAUACCGAAAAGAGUAUCAAGAUGUACCUAUGAUCGCUGCAAGAUAUUUCAAGCAUUAUGCCCAUUAA